AUGUCUAAACUCUUCACCCCUCUCAAGGUAGGCAACGUCCAGUUGGCCCACCGCAUCGCGAUGGCACCUAUGAGUCGAUUCCGUGCCGACGACGAUCACGUCCCCAUGAGCAUAGUCGCAGAAUACUACAAACAGCGCGCCUGCGUCCCGGGAACGCUCCUCAUCUCCGAGGCAACCCUCAUCUCACCCCGCGCGGGCGCCUACAGAAACUCGCCCGGCAUCUGGACCAAGGAGCAAAUUGCCGGCUGGAAGGCGGUGACGGACGCGGUGCACGGCCAGGGCAGCUUCAUCUACCUGCAGCUGUGGCACCUGGGGCGAACGGCAGACCCGACGGCGUCGGCACCGGGCCACGAGCUGCUGUCCUCCAGCGCGGUGGCCAUGGACGACAAACACCCGACGCCGCGUGAGAUGACGGAGGAGGAGAUCCAGCAGGCGAUCCGGGACUUUGCGACGGCGGCCAGGAACGCCAUCGAGGCCGGCUUCGACGGCGUCGAGGUGCACGCGGCGAACGGCUGCCUCGUCGACCAGUUCCUGCAGGACACGUGCAACAAGCGCACCGACGGCUGGGGCGGGUCCGUGGAGAACCGGGCGCGGUUCGCGCUCGAGGUGACGCGCGCCGUGGUCGAGGCCGUCGGCGCCGACAGGACCAGCAUCCGGCUCAGUCCCUACAGCGACUUCCAGGGCAUGCUGAUGGCGGACCCGGCGCCCACCUUUGGCUACGUGGUCGACCAGCUCCGGCCGCUCCGCCUGGCCUUUGUGCACUUUAUCGAGUCCAAGAACGGCGACGACACGAGCGUCGACUGGCUGGUGAAAAGGUACGGCGGCGCCGGGCCCGUCCUGGUCGCCAACGGCUUCACGCCCGAGUCGGCCAAGAAGGCCGUCGACGAGACGUACAAGGACCUCGACGUCGUCGUGGUUUUUGGUAGGCUGUUCAUCGGGAACCCGGACCUGGUGUUUAGGAUCAAGGAGGGAGUCCCGACCGAGCCGAUCGGCUCUGAACAGGACUUUGUCACGCCCAAGACGCCCAAGGGCUACAUCGACUUUCCCUUUAGUGCAGAGUACCAGGCGUCUGUCAAGGCGAACUGA